CAAUAUGUGAAGUGAAUGUGUGAAGUAAAAGUUAAAGCGACACAGAAAUCUGCAAUAUUUUGUCAAUGUGACAUCUUUGAACCGAUUCAUAUGAAGAUGUUAGCUGAAAGUUUUGUGCUGAUGUCAGCGGUUUGGCUGCUCGCUUUGACUGACUGCAGUGCGGCAUUCGAGUUUAAGCACCACAACAACUUGGAAAUGCAGACUGCGAUGGAGGAGGUGCAUCGCAAAUGCCCCAAGAUCACACACCUCUACACCCUCACCGAGUUGUCCGUUCAGAACAUCCCGCUCUAUGUCAUCGAGUUUUCCAGCAGGCCUGGACGCCAUCAGAUUUUACACCCCGAAUUCAAAUACAUAGCCAACAUGCACGGCAACGAGGUGUUGGGUCGAGAACUGCUGCUGAAGCUGGCUGACUACUUGUGUGAUGAGUACCUGGCUGGCAACGACAACAUCAUCAAGCUCAUCCAGUCCACCAGGAUACAUCUGCUGCCCAGUAUGAACCCGGAUGGAUGGCAGGUGGCCACUGAUGCGGGUGGGAACGACUAUCUAGUCGGACGAACAAACAAGAACAAUGUCGACUUGAAUCGUAACUUCCCUGAUUUGGACAGGAUCAUAUUCAGCAACGAACGAUCGCACAUUGAACACAACAAUCAUCUCAUCAAUAUGGUCGAUCGUCUCACUGAACCAAUUCAACCAGAAACGAAGGCAGUGAUGCGUAUGAUAAUGCAGACACCAUUUGUGCUGUCAGCCAACUUGCAUGGAGGGGAUCUAGUCGCCAACUAUCCUUAUGAUGAGAGUCGCUCCGGGGUGGCGUCUGAAUAUUCUCAGAGUCCUGAUGAUGAAACUUUCAGACAACUGGCGCUGGCUUAUGCAUCAAAGCACGCCGACAUGUCGAGUCCGUCUCGCAAGGGAUGUGGCUAUGAGGCUUACAACUUUGGCAAACAGGGUGGUAUCACCAAUGGUGCUGCAUGGUAUAGCAUAGAUGGAGGCAUGCAAGAUUUCAACUACCUCUCUUCAAAUGACUUUGAAAUCACCCUGGAGCUCGGCUGUGCAAAGUACCCACCUGCUGAUGAACUGGAGGCUGAAUGGAAUAAGAAUAAAGAUGCUCUAAUACACUUCAUCUGGCAGUCUCACAUUGGUGUCAAGGGCAUUGUUUCGAAUCAGGAGACUGGAGCACCAAUUGCCAAUGCUAUCAUCCAUGUUAAAAAUGUGACAGAUAAUAGAAACGACGAAAUAUUCCAUGACAUAACAUCAGUGCACGAUGGCGAUUACUAUAGACUGCUGACUCCGGGCUGCUACAAGAUCACUGCCUACUACAAGGGCUUCUACCCGCAGACGCAUGAGCAGUGCGUCGAAGAGCGUCCCUACCAGGAGGCCACACUCGUCAACUUCCAACUACGUCCACUACCAGCUGUACACCAAGAGAUCCCCUCCAACAUGGACCCCGAUUAUGACAGCGAUGAUGACAACAACGUAAGAUGGCUCUACUUGAAUCCAAGCUACUCAGGAAUGCACAGCAGUUAUUAAAUGCAAGAUACGAUACAUCAGACACAGCACAAUCCUCUGUCAAAAAAUAAAACCUAAAAUAUAGUGACUCACCUCAAGUUAGAACAAUCUCGAAUUGUAUUUCAUCAACUAGGAAAAGUAUGAAUUCAAAAAAUAACACUGAUAUGGUUAGAGAGCUAAAAAAUUAAUGAACUGUUCAUCAGAAGUUCGUCUGUAAUGCAGGGUAGAAGUUACCAAUGCACUAGACUAGACGUGAAGUAUAUAUAACAAGCGUGUUCACACUGAUGUCCGGUUUCACCACGCUUGGUCAACACAUUUGAACAUGCUCAAGCCGAGUACGAAUUACACGUGUAUAUACUGGAAUUAUUGAUAGUAAGUAUCUUCAUAGAAAUCAUAUUAUGUUUCAGUGCACUCGUUAUUGUAAAGCGUUCCUAAGUUAUGUUCAAAUGUCUUGACCGAGCUUGGUGAAGCCGGACACUAGAAUAGGCUAAAUAAUAAUCUUGAAAAACUACAAGUUCUGUUAAUGCAGGAUAAGAUAAUCCCUACACUAGACGUGAAUAGAAGAGUGUGCUAUGUUAUAAACUUCUAUAGCCUAUGUCAAGUGUUUAUUCGUUCUCCUGUCCUAAAAAAUACAUACCUAUAUGGUGAGAUUCACUAGAAAUUGUCAGCAAUGGUUGGAUGGAAAUAGCAUUAAUGUUUGAUGUUGAAAGAAAUGCUUAAAGUUGAAAUUCAAUCUCUCUAUGGAAGGUUGUAGCCUACGCUAUGAAUAAAUGAAUAGCCUAAAAUGCUUGAGGUGCUUAGCCUAUGAAUAGGCUACUGAUGAACCUAACUUUGGAAAAUUAAUUCAAGAAAUGAUCAUUUAUAACGCAAUGCCUGUUUUUUUUCUUCCCAAGUAUGAAUUGACAAGUAAGAAAAGUAUUAAUUGAAAAUACCAGAGUGUUCUGAGAGAUGAUAUGUUUUAGUAGCCUAAUGCAAUUUUUCUCCAGUUUUCACUCUGAGAAUUUUUCAAUGCACCAACUCAAAUUGGUUACGAUUCAGACGCGUUUUAAAGAACAGAGUUCCAUUUUUCAUUUCAUAGAGUUUCUCUCAUGAUGGGUCGGUCCUCUUUGGAAUUAGAUUAUAGGAGCCUUAACUUUGAAAUGUCAUCGGAAAGAACAACAGUUAUAAAAAAGUACAACUCAGAGAUUAAUCAGAAAAAAAGAUGAAUCAGAAAUCAAAUUGAAAAUCAAUUAUUGAUACCCAACCAAAAGUAGACAUCAACAAAUGAUCCUAGUAAUUCACCAAUCUAGAAUGAAAGAAUGUAUUAAUAAUAUAAAACCGCGUUUAUAUAAUUUUGUUGACCGAGCGAAGUGAGGUCUAAGGGUCAGGUCGAUUGGAAUCAAACCCAAAAUCACUAGCAUGCUCCAACAAGGAAGUUACCACGACACUAGUUUGUUAGACAAUUCAUGAUAAAUCUAGACAGUAAAAUAACUUGAUUACAAAAAUCGAUCAAAUUGAUUUGAAUUCAAUGUUAAGAAAGGCUCGCUUCGCUCCCUCAACCGUCUAGCUAGGGGGCUCCGUCCUCUGGACCCCCGGCUGAAUUAUCCACAAGUAACUAUCAUCGCAAGCUUCAGCUUUUCGGCGUAUCUUUGGCAUUAUUUAUAACCUUUCUAAUGUAACAUUUUCAUACCUUGGCUGAGCAUUCUUUAUAGUCUUAAUUUUAUGUUCAUUUCUGAAAAAAGGUGAAAAAUGCUGUAAGACGCUGGAAAACCGCUUAUUUUAGGUGGUGUAUCUUUGGCGUUAUUACAAGGCCAUUCGAAUACAAUAUUUUUACACCUCAGUUGAACAUCUUUGCAAAAUUUAAAUAUUUUUUAUUCAUUUAUUCUCAGAAAAGCUAAGAAACCCCAGAACAACCCUGGAAAAACACAGUUUCGGUCGUAUGUUCAAUUUUUUCAAAUCCAUUCUUAGUGCACCUCUUAAGGGCAAAUGGAUCAUACCUACCAAAUUUGAACGUUCUUGGUCUAGAAGAUUCUUUGUUUACUUAAUGAACAUGAUGCAGUCAGUGAAUGCCAUCUUGCUUUUUUUUUUAAAUAAAUCUUUAAAUCAGCAAGACUUAUUUUGUGUAAUAUAAAAUGGAAGUAAUCAUUAUGUAUCGUUUGGAAGGUGAUAGACUGUUAUCAGCUUCCAAAUUGUUGAUGUUUUUUGUUGUUCUCUUCAAAUUUUGAAACUAGUCAAAUUACAAAUAGAUUCAGUUACCAAUAUAGAAAUGUUAUUAAGUGUUUGUAAAUAUGGUACAUAUAUUAAAUUCUAUGUUAUCAGUGGAGAAAUAUAAUAAUGAACAAUGAAAAA